UACCCAUAAAAAGGCAUGGGCGGAGUCGACGCCAGCCCACCGCGGUGUGAUUGGACGGCGCGGCUGACACCAGCCGCUCUGAUUGGCCCAGAGCACUUGGUCCGAUUUUGUCUCAUUUUGUUAAUCAAGCAACGCUCAUGGGACGCCGAAGAGAAACCGGAUCGUCGCAUCCUCGUUAAACGGUGUUGUUUUUUUGUCGGCGUGAGUGAAGGAAGGAUGCUGGAGAAUAAGAGGGAGAGACUGAAGACAUUUCUGAGGAAGAUCGACGAAAGCGCGUUGACCCGAAUCAAGCAUUUAAUGAAAGAGAGCUAUGCAGUCGAUGCUGGAACGCUUCCAGGAAAGGUUAAGAAGGGGAGGAUGAAAACCAGAACGGGAAGCAGGAAAGCUUUUAGUUUAGAGGAAAACCAGCUUGAAGUUCAACAGCAGGCCAAGAGUCUGAGCCGGCCGGUCCAGCUCAGGUCUCAAACUUUUGAUGUGGACAAGCCUUUAGAAAGGAGCGAGAGCCUCAACUCUAGAAGUAGUUUUAUAAAGCACAACAAAACAUUCCACAAACUUUUCCCAGACCUUCCUGAAAAUGAAGAUUUACUACAUGCCUACAUCUGCGCGCUGCAGAAGGAGGUGCCUUAUCACGGUCGGCUGUAUAUCACCGACACCAACGUCUGCUUCUUUUCCUCUGUGCUGCUCAAGGACACGAAGGUGAUUGUCCCAGUUUCUAAUAUAACUAUCCUAAAGAAGCAAAACACAGCGCUGCUCGUGCCAAAUGCCAUUUCUAUCCGAACAACGGAGGGCGAGAAGUAUUUAUUUGUGUCUUUACGAAAUCGAGAAGGAUGCUACAAGCUGCUACGAUCAGUUUGCCCUCAGCUAGAGGAAGGAAGUGCUAACAGCAGCCCUCUUUUCUCCUCAGCCGAGAAUAGCUUUGAUCAAAGCAAACUGGUGCAGAACUCGAGCCAGUCCAGUUUAGACGAUGUGUACGAGGUGGAUGGAGGACGCGCUUCUCCCCAGCUAGAGAUUCCUAGACUCAGAGAAAAUGCCGUUGUUGGAACGCACUCUGCAACGAAAAGCAUCGUACAAGAGCCGGAUGACAGCUCUGCUGAUGAAUACACAGGAGGUUCGUGGGUUUGGAACGUGACGGGCCGAGCUCGAUCUCUCCUCAUUCAAAGAGAAGUCAGCAACCUCAAUACUCUGCUCCUCAUCUACCUGAUUCUAGUUGUUCUACUCCUGCUGUCUUCUGGUUAUAUCGGCUUGCGUAUCGUGGCCUUAGAGGAGCAGCUGAGUUCUCUUGGUGCCCUCCCUGAAUUCACCUUGCAUAGCGGGUACAAAGACACAUAGCUCUGCACCAGUGAGGCGGCACGAUCUCGGAAAUGUUCGGCUUUUGUGAAGGAACCACCAAAAAUAUCUAUCACUUUGGAUCUUGCGGUUGUUCGAGGAUCCCUUAUCUGCCCGCAGCAAUAGCCGGGAGAAAAUUUUAUAUGCACAUGCCACGGCCACCUUAGUUCCCAAAAUAAAAUGGAAGGCGUGAUCGUUCACAGAAAGGUGUCGGUUACGGCAAGCAUGUCUUUACCUGCUGGUGGAAAACUUUGGGUUUCGGUUUGCCUGGCCUAAGCAACCAAAGACAACCGGUUUGUCUCUGAACGGCAUGAAGGAUUCAGUUAUACCAUGGGAAAGCAUGAGGCCUUUCAUCUGAAGUGCACAGUUUUUGGUUGGACACAUUGGAGCUUUUACAACCACCGAAACAGCGCCAACCUAGCAUAACCAAUGACUUUAUUGACUUCAGUUUAUCCAAAUUUGCAUAUUUUGUUGACCUGCUCAUAUCUUCUUGUUUUGUGGUGGCUUUCGCUCUGUUCAUUAUAAGGGUUGCAAUUAUUAAAAUUAAUCUUGGUUUAUUGGUUAAAAAAAUAAAAGGUAGGCUAGCUAGUCAACCUUUAGUAUUACUGUAUGUAUAGUCUAUGCACACAAAAUGCUCAGAUCAGGUAUUCAACAAAAUUUUUGUAACUUUAUUGUUUGUAUUUUAUACUAGGGAAAGAGACAGAAGUUAACCAUGCAGGUCUCAUCCUUGCCAAAAAAAAGAAAAAAAUAUUGUAUUGUUUAAGAACAGAUGUGGAAUGGGGCGUUGCCAGAUUGACAGCUUAAAUUGCAUGUUUUCGCCAAACAAAACAAACUUUCCAUACAAUAGAAAUGAAUCGAGAUACUCACGUCAUGUUUGGCGAAUGUUCUAAAGAAAACGGCACGGUCCAAAAUAUGCAUGGUUUUGCGUGCCUAUACGUGUGUUCUUAAAAAUACGUUGCAAUAUGUUAAGAAGAUUGCUUGUAAAGUGAGAGAUGUGCCGAUGUUGGAGUAAUAGUGCACUUUAAAGUGUGAAGACUGCCUCUGGCCGAAGGGGGCGCUAUUGGGAAAACUUAGUCUGUUGAUGUUUAUUCAUUCAUGGUGUAUUAGAUGGUGCUAAGAUGCUCUCACUCAGGGCUAGUACAACCUCCAGGAGUUUACUCGCAAUGCAUUGUGGGAAUGCGUUUGUGUUAGCAAACACGUUCUGUCGGUUUUAUGGUCCGCGAACCAUUCAGGCACUCGCUAGACAUUUCUCGAUACGCAUGUCAGGAACGGACAUGCAUGAACUCCGCCGGAGGCGUUAUGCAUUUCUUUCGAUUUCUAAAGUUUUGCAAGUGCAUGUUCAUUAGAGAUCUAUUGAAUUUCAUCUGAUGUAAUUCUAAGGAGAUGCUCUUGGAAUGAUUCAGAUUGAUUUGCACAUAAAGCAUUGCAUUUCAUUGAUGGGGCAUCACAACGUUGUAGUCCCUUAAAACUGUCUAAUAACCACAAUGCAAAAAUCUUGACUUUCAUAAAUCGUGUUUAUAUUGCACUAUUAAAGUGUUGGACUUAUUGUUUUUUGUAACAAUUUGUUAGUAAAAAAUCAUUGUUUUGUCUAUUUAUUGUCUGUGUAAUUAAAAGUGGUCUCUGUGAGACUGGUUUUGAAAAUUGUUUGAAUAAAUCAUAUGGUACCAAAA